AUGGAGCGGCCCACUGUAGUGCCCCUAGCGGUCCACCUACCGAAUGAGCAGAUAGUUACGUUCCCUGCUAACGCUACCACUGCAGAGUUAUUAGCCUGCCUGGAGCGAUCUGUAACUACGCUUACGGCGUUCUUCCAGCGCAACGCUGACUAUGAGUAUGGCCGUGAGGUCCUAUAUCAGGACUAUCCAUCCCAGUUUGUUUGGCACCUCCCGUCACGGACCUGGCACGUGCGUCAGCGCGGCACUGCGAUUGGCCGCAUGUACUUUUGCAGCCCGCUACAGGGUGAACGGUUCUAUCUACGGCUUCUCUUGACUACCGUACGGGGUCCACAGUCCUACGCGGACCUGCGUACCUUUAGCGGCACAGAGUAUCCUACUUUCCAGGCCGCCGCAGCUGCCCGCGGGUUACUGCUACACGAUGGAGACUGGGUAGCCUGCUUCCAGGACGCCGUUACGUUUGCCACAGGCCAGGCGUUACGGUACUUCUUCGUUGCUGCUCUCUUAAAUGGGCCUGUUACAGAUCCAGCUGCUAUCUGGGCAGCCUUCCAGGCGGAUUUGUGUGACGACUUACCUGAGGCUGCUGCUGCCCUGCUAGUAUCCGCAGAUCCAGACGCGUACCUUGACUACGGCCUGUAUCUGAUAGAAGGGCUGCUGGCAGAGUCUGGCAAACGUCUUACGGAUUUCUCACUCCCUGCGUGCCAGUUCAACUGGGGAGUACGGCUGCAGAAUCAGCUUCUUGCCGCUGAGCUGGCCUACGAUACAGACGGGCAGGACACUGCCUUCUGGGACACUGUUACAGGGCUGAAUAUGGACCAGCGCGCCGUAUUUGAUGCCGUUACUGCCGCUAUUGAGGCUGACCACAGCACUGCCCACUUCUUCGUACAGGGCCCAGCAGGCAUAGGCAAGACGUUCCUCUGGCGCUGUAUAUGUGCCUACUAUCGCUCUACAGGCCAGGUGGUCCUGUGCGUUGCGUCGUCGGGUAUAGCUGCUGUCCUGCUGCCCGGCGGCCGCACUGCCCACUCCCGUUUCCGGAUCCCGUUGGAUAUCCACGACGAUUCCAUCUGCCCUGUUGCUCCAGGCUCGGAGCUUGGGCGGCUGCUGCAGGCCGCUACUCUAGUUAUCUGGGACGAGGUGCCUAUGCAGCACCGUUACUGCUUUGAGGCAGUCCACCGUAUGCUGCAGGACGUCCGUAGCUCCCCUGCCCUGUUUGGCGGCCUCCCUGUAAUUGCCAGCGGCGAUUUUGCCCAGAUCCUACCCGUCGUCCGCCGGGGCCAGCGGCCUGCCAUCGUCAACGCCUGCCUGCAGCAGUCUACGCUCAUAUGGCCGCACAUGACCGUACUGCACCUGCGUCAGAAUAUGCGGGUGCUAUCUGGGGCUGACAACACCUGUUUUGCAGCCUGGUGCCGGGGACUGGCUACCCGUGAGAUGGAUGGCCUGAUCUCCAUCCCAGACUGGAUGACCGUCUACUACAGCCUACAGGGCUUCCUGGAUCACGUCUAUCCGCCGCACCUCCUCCAGCAGGCUGCUGCGGACUAUCAGGUCCUCAACGGCCGUGCUAUACUGGCCGUACGGAACGACGCAGUGGCUGUAAUCAACGCCGCAAUGCUUGCUGCCUUCCCUGGUGAGCUAGUAGAGCUGGUUGCAGUGGACUCUGCUGAGGUUGAGGACAAUACAACACAGGAUCUGCCUCCCGUAGAGCUGCUGCAGUCCUUUGAGCCCCCGUCACUGCCCCCGUCACGCCUUCUGCUCAAGGUAGGCGUACCAAUAAUGCUUCUACGGAACCUGUACCUAAGCCAGGGGCUCUGCAACGGUACCUGUUUAGCGGUUACACAGAUAUCCUCCCGCUGUAUCCAGGCCCGCAUCCUAUCUGGCGAGUUUGCAGGCCAGCUCCGCCUGCUGCCACGUAUCAGGCUCACUUCAACCAGUAGAGAGCUCCCGUUUAUCGUCAGCCGGGUCCAGUUUCCAGUUCGCCUCUCCUUUGCAAUCACUGUAAACAAGUCACAGGGCCAGUCACUCUCUGUUGUAGGCGUUGAUCUGCGUUACGCUGUGUUUACACAUGGCCAGCUAUACGUAGCUAUGUCCCGUGUAACUACACUUGCAGGCCUGUCAAUCCUGCUGCCAGCACCUGAUACUAGCGAUAAGCCAUCCUUAUAUCAGCCCGUCAACGUCACUGCCACAACCUACUAGUAUAUCGGGCUAACGGCUAUUAAUAGUACGUCACCGCCUAGUUAUUCUGCCGUUACAGGUGCUAUUGUGCCCGCAGGUUGACCUUCACCGUGAGCUUACAAACCCCCCGCGUACCAGUAUCCAGCACCAAUCAGGCCACGUACAGUGACCGUACAAUCUAGAUACAGUAUAGCCACAGGCCCUAUAACGUUAUUUAAUGGCUGCCUAUUCACUGUUUUGGCCCGACAAACAGAAUAUACUAUUCACGGUGAGCUACAACACCAAAAUAUCGCAGGUCUUGGCAGCUGCUAG